UCUUAACUUAAAUCUCUUAGUCUUAACGUUCAUUUUCUUAUACAAAGUUUAUUUAUCAGCAAUAUGGAUCGAUUCAUCCGAAAUCUCCGCAUGAAUGGUGGCACCGGCAAAACUAGUUACUCUUUCGACUCAUCAGUUCAGGAAAGAGCUAUAUACGUAACAAAGCCAUUGAUAGAAGAUGCAGCUCUUGAUGUAUUUUCGAAGUUCUAUGCUUGCAGUGCAACACUCUCUCCAUCUGAGAUGAUGGGAAAGAGUAUAGGCAUUGCCGAUUUAGGCUGUUCCUCUGGUCCAAACACUUUGUUGGUCAUUUCUUACCUAUUAAAUAUUAUUUACAACAAAUGCCGCGAAUUUGACAGUGCUUCACCCGAGAUUGUCAUGUUUCUUAAUGAUCUUCCUGGAAACGACUUUAACACCCUUUUCAAGCACUUGGAAGGAUUUACUGACGAACUGAAAAGAACUAAAGGAGAUGGUUUCGGACCGUGUUUUGCAGCUGGAAUGCCUGGCACUUUUUAUGGUAGACUUGUCCCUAGGGACACUCUUCACUUUGUCCAUUCUUCCUACAGUCUCCAAUGGUUGUCUCAGGUCCCUCUAGGGAUUGAGAGCUGUAGCAAGGGGAACAUUUACAUCUCCAAGUCUAGUCCUCCAUCCAUAACAGAAGCAUACUUCAAGCAAUUUAAGAGUGAUUUUCGAAGUUUUCUGACUUGCCGGUCCGAGGAAUUAGUCAAGGGAGGGAAAAUGGUUGUAACACUUUUGGGAAGGAGAAAUGCAGACCCGACAAGUAUAGAGUGCUGCUAUUUCUGGGAACUAUUAGCUUUGGCAAUCAAUGACAUGGUUUCAGAGGGAAUGAUCGAAGAAGAGAAGUUAAUGUCGUUUAACUUACCACAGUAUAUGCCAUCCAAUGAGGAAGUAAAGAAUGAAAUUCAAUGUGAAGGUUCAUUCAUGAUUAAUCAGCUCGAAGCCAAAUUCACUAACAUAGUUAUGUCGUUGACCAAAGUAUAAUUAUAAGAUGCUGCAAAAUGCCCAUGCAUGCAUCUUAAGUCACCUAAAUAAGAAAGCAGUGAUGUGUAUCUGCGAGUAUCGUUGUAUUUGGCCAUUUCUUUUUUUACGUACUGUACCGAAAGAAAAAAAGAAUUGAAGGUUGCAUUU